AUGCCUCCGCGACGUCAACAAGAUCUCCCGGUUGAGAGCAGUUGGCGCCUGGUCGAGGGUGGCGAGAAUGACAGCUUCGACACCUCUAUCCUCCCUGACCUCGAGGAAGAUGAGGGUUUCCUCUCCACGGACCCUUCGCAGAUUCCUUCGCAGUCAUUCAGCAUCGGCGGCUCACAAGAAUCUCAUCACAGCGUUCAAGACUUCAUGAACAAGGCAGACGAUGAACGCGUCAUUCUUCGCUCGCCCUUCCAACCCACCGUACGUCGGGAUCUCAACCGUUCACCAGACCCGGAGUUUGUCAUGCCGUCUAUGCGCUUCAGCGCUGCUCCGGGUAGUAGUACUAGCCCUCGACAGGGCAGCGGCCGGUCAUCGCGGACUAUCCGCCCGGGUGAUGAACCCUACCAGCAGCAGGAUGUACGGCGCCGUGCAAUACGGCAAGCGAGUACCGGAAGCCCCGUGAAGGUGCGGCGCGGCGAUUCCAGCAGGGGAAGGGGUUACUACGACGAGACGGCAGAAGAGCAAAAAACGGUAACGGAACGUUUAUCAGAGUCCCUGCCAGGCGCGACUUUCAACAUCUUAGCCUGGGUUUUCAACGUCAUUGGUAUGGCCCUUGGCUACGUUCAAAAGCCACUGGCGCUUUGCUUGGCUGUUUGGCUCUUCUUCGGAGCCUCCAUUAUGCUCCAAAACUUGGUAACCAAGUCAAUAACGACGUCUCUCUCGCCGCUUUGUCGCAUUCCGGGAGCAGCAUAUCUGGACCUUCCAUUCUGUCCUUCGUUAGCUUCGUCUACCGGCGGUAACCAGGACUCCGGGUCUUCUAAUGUCGAGUUUGAUGAUCUCAUGAACGUUCAGUCACAGUUCGAACAGGUCCUCGAACGCAGCGCUGACGGUGUCUCGCUGCCCAUGGAAAUGAAGCGCUCCGAGUCAUCGAUCCGCGACCUGCGUACUAUGGUUCGCUACUCGGAGUUGCCGCAGCGGGACGAGCUUGUCUACGAGUUCAAUGAGUACAUCGACACUGCGCGUUUGACGGCUGCCGAUCUGCAAAAGUUCAACGUUCAUGUCGGAUCUGCUGUUGAUUCCGUCAUCUCCAUAAACCGUUGGACAUCUCGUUACCUAGACACGCUCUCCGCCUCAGAGACCACCGACGACGGCGUCAUCUCCCAGUGGUCCAGCUGGCUCUUCUAUCCCUUUACUCCUACUGUAACACCCUUCUCAGAAAGGACCCUUCUCGACAAGUAUAUUGAACACACUGCAAUGGUUUCUGACCGCAUCUCAUCGCUUAUUGUUGAGGCACAAGGGGUCCUGCUCCUCCUUACAAAAGCCGAGGAGCAUCUCAACCAAAUUUAUGAGCUGGUUACUCGUUCGUCAAACUCUGUCAAGUCUCGUCGUGACGAGGUUCUUUGGACGCUGUGGACUCUGGUCGGUGCGAACAACAAACGCCUGCAUAACCUUAACGCCCAACUCUCCCUACUUCGACAGGUGGACCGCCAGCGCAGCACGGCAGUCGCCCAGGUCUCGGCGCUCAUCGUUGAUCUCGAGAAGAUCCAGGCAGGUCUGGGCGAUCUCCGCGACCGCGUGGCUGCGCCAGAGCUCGUCCGUGACUCUGCCGCCGCAAUCCCGCUGACUGUACACAUCGAGACCAUUGACCGCGGUGUUGAACGGCUCGAGGAUGCACGGCAGCGAAUCCGCGCCAACGAGAACGAUCGUAUUCGCGAGGCGCUGGCCAGGGGCGGCACUAAGGAGGACGACAAGCUCAUUGACGGCCGGUCGUGA